AGCAUUUUACAAGAGUAUAAAUUCGCACGUGUUGGAGAUAUCGGGCUUCUGGAGUUCGCUAUCUCACUCGCUGUGCGUGUGCUGCGUGACACUCCUGAAGGCCAUCCAAGCCUACCACACCGCCUGACCAACCUAGGCAAUAUGUGUGCCAAGAGAUUUGAGCGAAGUGGCUACGGCGACGACAUUGACCGGGCAAUCGAGUAUGCUGAAAAAGCUUUGAAAUGUUCUGAGACUAUGAAUGUUGAGGAAAAAGCUUAUCUGAAAGGACGGCUGAUGCGGAAUGUCGCUAUUAAGCUCGAGAUGCGCGACCAGAGACUCUCGAGUAUUCGCGACCUAAACGCUGCGAUUUCAAUGAUGGGCACAGCGAUAACGUUGGUGAAUGAAGAUAAUCCUGACUGGGCCCUUUUCAACGGCGAACUCGGCAACAUGAAAGCAAGUCGGUUUCGGAGGACGAAGGAAAUCACCACCGACUUGGAUGAGGCGAUCGAGAAGAUGGAGUCCGCGCUGGCGCUAUUACCGAAACAUCAUCCCAACAAGAGCCAUUUACUAUGCGAUUUAGGAGACCGAUAUUUGGAUCGGUACCAAAGGCUCCACGGCAAGGAAGACUUGGAGAAAUCUAUAAAGAUAUCACGCAAAUCGCAUGAUAUAAGGGAGGCUCGGGAUCCUGAUCGUGGAAAGCCUUGGUGCAGUAUGGUGUGCAAGUAUGUUAUUCGAGCUCAAGACUUCCCAAAUCGCGUUAAUAUCGCGACGGCGAUCAGCGCCACCAGACACGGACCUAAACUCCCAGAAGGGGACCCAUUGGAGAUGGAAGCGUUAGAACGCCUAGGUGAUGCGAUCAUGGCGAAACACAACUACAACUAUGGCAUAGAUCACAGAUAUUGUGACAAGGGGAUUGAUAAGUACGCGGAGGCUAUCCAGGUGAAAAAUGGACCGCCUCUAACGACUAUUCGCAUAGCUAAGAAGAUCGCCGAGUAUUCGAUGAGGUUUUCGCGUGAGCGCAUUGCUUGCAUUAAUGCUGCGCGAAUAUAUACGCACGUAAUCAAGGUGGUGUGGCCGCGACUAAAUCCUCGGACUUUGUCAAGAGACGACAUGGAGUUUGUCAUUCGGCACCUAUCAGGUUUAAGUUCCCUGGCAGCGGUCAGUGUUAUGAAAAGCGGAAAAUCUGCGUCAGAUGCCCUUGUCGCUUUGGAAUCUGGCCGAGGACUGAUGGCGAGUCUGACAAUCGAUUCAAGAUCCGACGUCUCUGCCUUGAAAGAACAACAUGCGGACUUGUACAAGCGGUACAUGACAUUGCAAGAUGAAAUCUCGUCAAAUAUUUCAUUGGGUAGUGAGCCGGAGAAAUCUGCGGAGGAAUCUACAACUGUUGCCAUCUCUCAGCGAAACCGCAAGGUUCGUGAAUUUGACAAGCUUGCAGAAGAGAUCCGGUCAUUGGAGGGUUUUGAGCACUUUCAACAACCACUGCCACAUGCCGAGCUUGUUAGUCUAGCGGAGUUUGGUCCUAUUGUAUGCUUCAACACCACAUCGCAAAGAUGUGAUGCUUUUCUCGUCACUCGCAAUGGCAUCCAAUGCUUGGAGUUAUCUGCUCAAUAUGACAAGAUUCAAGAAUUCGUUAUUGAGCUCGUUCGAAAGAAAGAGAUCUUUGCUUCUGGGAACCAAAGUCAGACGAGCGAAAGGAACCAGAGGCUACGCGAGAUUUUGGCAGAGCUAUGGAAACUUGCUGUGGAACCUGUUCUGAGUUGUUUAGGGUUGAUAUCGAAUGACCCACCCGCAAAAUUGCCCCGUAUAUGGUGGGUUACUAGCGGACCCAUGGGACUAUUACCUCUUCAUGCUGCAGGUUCGAACUGGGGAAAUUCUCGAGAGAACACAGCAAGUCACGUCGUAUCCAGUUACGUGCCGACGUUCAGGGCUCUAGCGUAUGCUCGACAGAAGAUGUUUAAAUCGUUACUUGAGCCAAGUCGUGAAUGCCUUAUCGUAAGCAUGCCUGAGACGGAAGGCCUGUUUUCCCUAGAUGUUGCGAAAGAGGUUAAAGCCGUGCAAAAGCACCUCGAGUCGCAGGGUAACACUGUAUCAUCCCUUGAAAUUCCGCUCCAAAAAGAGGUCCGUUCGAAACUUCAGUCAGCUAGCAUCGUACAUUUUGCAUGCCAUGGCGAGUCUAAUGCUUUGAAUCCUUCCUGCAGUGGACUUCGACUUGCUGGUAAGGAUCUUCUCAGAGUUCGCGAUCUUGCAGCAAUGUCCCUCGAUCAAGCUCAAAUCGCAUAUCUCUCUGCAUGCUCAACCGCCGACAACAGUGUGGAUGAUCAACUGGUGGAGGAAUCAAUUCAUGUCGCAAGUGCAUUUCAACUUGUCGGUUUUCCGCAUGUCAUUGGGAGCUUAUGGCCGGUGAGUAAUAAGAUUGCUGAGAUAGUGGCACCGAAGUUCUAUGAGUCUUUGGCCAAGCAUCUUCAAGCUGGUGAGAAUAAUAACGAUGCAAUAGCGUAUGCGUUAGACGACGCAGUAAAGAAUUGGCGGAGAGGAAGGAAAACUGAGAGAUUUAUAUCGUGGUGUCCUUUCAUACACAUUGGUGCUUAAUUAAUGAAUCUCUUACUAUCUUAAAUUUAUUUCUCUUGGAAUAAAGUUCAGAAG